CCCCGGGGACCUCAAAGUCCCCGGGCUCCCCCGGAGCCCGCGGCAAGGUCAGAGCUGAUCCAAGCGUCCACGCCCUGUCCUGGGAGGCGCUCAGCUCCCGAUCCGGAGCCCCAGGGAGUGGGGAGCGGGUCGACGUCCCCGGGAUGCGCAGACACCUGCGGCCUCUGGCCUGGCAGGCGGUCCCUGAGCCCCAGCGCCUCCUUAAAGCCGCGGCUCCGCCCCGCCCGCCACCCUCCCCGCCCGCGGUUCCACCCAACCGCCGGUUCCCUGCCGCCUUGGCGGAUUGUCGCUGAGUCGCGAGCCCGCGAGGAGUGUGCUGUCCGCCCCGUUCCCGCGCCGGGUCUUGCGUCCCCGCGUUCCAGAGCCACGGUGGCCAUGGCCAGCGAGGAGCUGGCGAGCAAGCUGCAGCGGCGACUGCAGUGGGAGGAGAUGGAGGAAGGCGGCCCCCAGUCUGAGCCCCGAGCCGCCCCAGUCCCGGAGCCCCAGCCGCAGCCACCCGCCCGGGCGCCCAUCGCCAGAGCCGACGCCGAGCUGAGUGUGCAGCUGAACCGACGGCUGGACAUCAACGAGGGCGCGGCGCGGCCCCGCCGCUGCAAGGUCUUCCACCCCUACUCCGAGUUCCCGGAGUUCAGCCGCCGCCUCAUCAAGGACCUGGAGAGCAUGUUCAAACUAUACGAUGCUGGUCGGGAUGGCUACAUUGACCUGAUGGAGCUGAAGCUGAUGAUGGAGAAGCUGGGCGCCCCCCAGACCCACCUGGGCCUGAAGAGCAUGAUCAAGGAGGUGGACGAGGACUUUGAUGGCAAACUCAGCUUCCGCGAGUUCCUGCUCAUAUUCCACAAGGCUGCAGCGGGGGAACUGCAGGAAGACAGCGGGCUGAUGGUGCUGGCGAAGCUUUCCGAAAUCGACGUUGCCCUGGAGGGUGUCAAAGGUGCCAAGGACUUCUUUGAAGCCAAGGUCCAAGCAUUGUCCUCUGCCAGUAAGUUUGAAGCGGAGCUAAAAGCAGAGCAAGAGGAGCGGAAACAGGCGGAAGAGAAGAGGAGGCUCCGCCAGGCAGCCUUCCGGGAACUCAAGGCCGCUUUCAGUACCUAGUUGGGCUGACCUUGACCUCCGUCCACAGCUGUGCCUCCCAGAUGCCCCGGGGAGAGCUGACCGGGCAUCUUCACCCUUGCUGACCCUUAGCCCCAACCAGCCUCCACACCCACCACUCAGUGCAAACUCCUCAGCCUCGCAGGGGUCACGGGAAGUGGCUCUUAACCCCAUGUAGGAGCCCCUCCCAGAGGGUCCAACUGCCCUCCUGGCCUCUUUCCUGCUCCCCUUCCUCUGCCCUCCUCAUAGCCAGAAUGUGCCUCUACUUGGCACCCUUGACUUUUUCCUUGUCUCUUUUUCCCUUCCGCAUCUAAGCCUGGUCUGCCAUUUAAUCUGUACACCUACGUCUUUCUUUCGUGGUCCUCAGAGGAGAAAGUCCCUGGGGGGCUGUGAUGUUAAUGUCACCCACUUUCCUGGGUGGUCCUUUUCUGGGCUUCUCCAGUCAUGCCCUCUCUCCUUUGUUUCCCAUCCAGCUCCUCUGUUCCUAUUCUUAGCCGUGCCCUGGCAGGUGCUUCUGCAUCCUGUUCUUGGAUGAUGGUAAGGUUUAAGGCAGUCCAGGCUGGACCACUGUCUGUCCCCUCUCCUCCAACAGGGGACAAGGCACGGUGCCCAGAUGACACAAAAUAGUGAAAAGAUACACGUUCUCUUCCUUCCCAUCCCCUUUCUCCUGUCCUCUUAGCAUCCCCCCCGUCCCCGCCGAGGCAUCCUUUUCAUCCCUCGUCCCACUUCAACCUCUUUUUUUUUAUUCCUACCCUUAAAUACUAUGCUAUUUAACUGUAAGAAUGAAAGGAUGAUUAUAAGUAAUAUUAACGAGUAGAAGCAUUCCUGUUAACUCUGACUCUAUGCAAAUUAUAUUACAGUAGACCCCUGACAUUCCCAAGUGGCAAAUCCAGAGCCUUUCAGAAUCCCCAAAGUCACGACCAUCCUCACUGUCCAGCUGGUUUCCAGCGUCUGCUCGAAGGUGCUGGGGUGGAGCUAUUCUUCGGCAGAAAUUUUUAUACGCUGAGAGUUCUUGGGAUUGCUCACAGAUAUCAGGGGUUUCUUGUAUUUUACAGAAGAACUUCUACUGUCAUAUUUAUUUCUUCUCUUUUUAAACUGCUGUUGUUACCAUAAAGAAAACAUCUGUAUUUUUACCUUACAGUUGUUCUUUUUAAAUAAACAGCGUAAACGACUCUGCCCUCA